CAUUAGGGUUUUCUCUAGUGUCAACAAACAAGUUAUCAAUCAAAAGAUGGAAGGCAAAACUGUGAUUCUAAGUGUGCUCAUAAUGAGUUUGGUCAUGGCACAAAUUCAAGUUGAAGCAAAGAGCUGCUGCCCAUCGACGUCUGCUAGAAAUAUCUAUAAUACUUGCCGUUUUACAGGAGGCUCCCGACCAUUCUGUGCAUCACUCAGUGGAUGCAAAAUCGUUGACGGGAAGUGUCCUAACGGAUUUACUCAUGACACUCUCCAAACCUCAGGUGAUGCUGUCAAUGAAUACUGCAAGUUGGGAUGUACAUCAUCUGUGUGUGGUGCCAUGAAUGCUCUCCAAAACUCUGAUGCAAGUGAAAUUGUGAAUGGAGCGGUGGAAAAAUGCGCAACGGCAUGUUCUUCUUUCUGCACCAAGGGCUCUACCACUAAAGCCGAGACUGCCUAAACAAGCACAUCCAUGAAGUAAUCCCAUCCAUGUUGCAGAGAGUCUUUAGUUUCUACUUGUUUUCAAUAAUUGUCAGUGUAUGUGACAAAAAAAAAAAAUGCUACACUUUGGUGCUAGUAUUUGAAUAAGUUGUUUCCAGUUUGUUUCUGUAUGUGUCAUAGAUGGUUGUAAUUUCUACUUACUAUCGUCUAAUAUAAAAAAAU